AUGCGGGCGCACGAUGGCAUGCGCUAUCGCAACACGCGCCCCGACAGCGUAUCGAAGCGGGUCCCUGGUGAUGGCUUUCUUCGUGCGGCGUCGCUCAAGGUCAAGACCCUCUCGUCCCCUUCCGUGGCGGCGGCACCGACAACUCGACGCAAGUCGUCCGCGCACACACCACCGCUCGCGUCGCCGCGCAACAUUCGAGACACCAU